CCAUGGUUCCCGCCCUCACCCAAACACAAAUUUUGUUCACUUGAAAACCCUUCUUCUUAUUUUCUCUCAUUUCAAAUUCCAUUCAUCUUCGCAUCUCAACAGAUUUCGGUCGAAUUGACGGUUUUUUGUAUAUUUCAAAAUGAACGGAGAUAAUUUUACCCACGGGAAACCGAGUGUGCGUCCGGUUUUAGGUGACAUAACAAAUCGAUCAGUUAAAAGAGGGUUCUCGUCGAUUCCGGACAAAACAGGGUUUAAUUCUAAAGAAGAAGCAGAUUCCCAUUUUGCAAAACAAGUUUGUUUAGGUGUUGAACAUUUGAUCGAAGAGAAAUCUAAAAAAUCCCAUUUUGAACCCAACCCUAAAUUUUCGCCGACUUGUAGUGGCGAAAUUGAUACAUUAAAAGAGGAUGUCAUGUCGGUUGAUGACAAAGUGAGUGAGGUUAAGGAGGGGUUUGAUUUGUCCGAUAGCGAGGAUACGUUGGUGCUGGGUGAAGGUGUUACGGAAGUGGGGGAUCCGGUGAAUGAUAGUUGUAGGAAUGAGGGUAAGGAUCUUGGCAUUGGUAGAUUGGCGUCGAGUAAAGGUGGGUGUAUCGAGUGGUCGAGGUUGCCUAAGUCGUCCUUGCAGAGUUCCAGGUCAUUUGAGUUGGAGAGAUGCGUGGGACUCAAGAAUGAUGGUUGCGUGAAUUUGAAUGCCGGUGCUGAUAUGCUCAAAGCUUGCUCUUGUUCUUUUUGCUUGAAAGCUGCUUACAUUUGGUCUGACCUUCAUUAUCAGGAUAUCAAGGGUCGAAUAGCAGUUUUAAAGAAAAGUCAGAAAGAAGCAAGCAUUUUAGUUCAGAAAAGUGGUAGGGGGAAACAGACUGAGAUUCAAAGCCAGGGAAAUGCCAAUAAAUCUUCAAAAUUAGAAUCUGACCUCACCAGUCAGUGGAGAUCACUCUUUCUUAACAUGGAGGAUAUAUUUGUUCAUGAAAGCAGCCAGCUUCAAGCCAGUUACAUUGCACUAAAAGAUUUGAGGGAGAAUUGCAAGAUGGAUUUGGAGCGGAUAACAGGGAUGCCUUCAGAGAAAUAGGAGUGUGCUUGUGAUGCUUAUUCUGAUUGUAAGAUCAUCUUGGUACUCCAAGUUCCAGUCAUUUGUAUGUGUGCACAUGCUUGUGCCUAUAACAGAUUCUAGGUUCCUUUUUGACAAUCUCUAAUGUGUUUACAAUUGUCAAAAAAUGUAAAAUGCAUGAUCUCAGUUUGUAAUGUCUGUUGUUUUCUAAUAUGUGCUUAAAAGUACUUCCAAUUUUAGUGAACCUCCAUCUUAUAAACUUGUUGGUUAUGCCUUCUA